AUGAACGUGAUUUCGGAGGAGCGACCUGAACUCUUGAAACCGGACUUAUGGAGCUUCCGUGGUGAAGGAAAUGUGAAUCUGGUGCUGUCUUACAUUGGAGGAGAUCAUUGGGCUUCAGGAAUGGUUUUGCGUCUUGAAAAAGAACGUAAAUCCGAUGCAGAAUACAUUCCUAGCUCGUUUGAGCUGAUUACCUAUGCACGUCAGACUACGCAACGGUUGCUGGGAUCUAAAUAUGUUGAUUCUCUGGCUCUACUUCAAGUCAAAAAGGACUUUCUGCAGGAUUUGGCUGAAAUGAUUCAACCACUGCGGACAGAUCAUCGUAAACAACAAUCACUGGAUACGACCAAAGAUGUCGGAAUCCUCAUGAGAGAUCAUACGCAAUUCAAGUGGCCUCCAGCGCUGGAUAUGAAGUUUCCGUCCGAGUUGUGUCUUGAACUUAAGUUAAAAUGGGGAUUCCUACCUAAAGGAGAAGUCUCUCCAGUCAAGAAGCAAGCCUGUAGAUUCUGUAGAAUGCAGGCUUUCAGAGUUGCUCGAAAUAAGGACUACAUUCCUUGCAGUUUCUGCCCAUUGGAUGUGUUUUCAGGAGACGAGACAAGGAUGGUUGAAGCUUUUCAAGAUUUGUAUCGAGUCCCGCAUACUUACAUGCGUGCAUUUGUCGAUGGUACCGCCGUAGAUAGUUGCAGUGACGCUUUUGUGACUUUCAUAAGCAAGUUUAUGCGAGAUGAUAACAAAGAUUCUGCUCUGGAUCGUUUAUGGACUCUUGCUGCCAAAGCACUGAAAAAGGAUGGAAUUUUGAACCUAGUCAAGCUCCACCAGAGUGAGCUGGACUCGCUAGACAUUGAAGUCUUGUACCCUUUGCUCUUGCGGCAUAACGUGCCACUAGUAAAUCCAAACGUUGAAAACUGGAAGAGAAUCGUAGAGACGUAUCUGGAAAAAAGAGUGCCAUCGAGUUCUGCUUCCGCUGAAGCACUUCGACAACGCCUUUACGAGUUUUGUAUCAGCACUACUUUGAAGGAUAUCUCUAUCUUUGUGACGAUGACUGAAAAGCUUUCUGACUCGGUUCAACCAACGGAUGGAGAUGGUGCAGUUGGAAUUGGUGACCAAGAAUACGCUUUCAAAGUUCGUGUCGCAGAUCUUGAUCUCAAAAGUGCUACAAAAGUCAAAAAGUACUUUGAACAAGAUCGUGACAUUGUAAAUGAUUUUGUCAAGUCUAAAUCGACUCGUGUUUGCAUCUCAUGA